GUAAAUCGCACAUACAUACAUAUGUUCACGCCUGAGAACUACAACUGUGUACCGGAAGUAGUCACGGCUAAAACCUGUAGUGACGUUUGUUUGUGAAAGACAAAAACAGUGGGCGCACACGCAAGGUAUGUUGUAUUUUUGGAAGCGAUCUGACCGGACCUGAAGACCGGACACUGAAGUCGAUCGUACCGCAAGGUGAACCAAUGCGAGCGGGUUGAAAGAUCGCAAGUCACGGUUGUUUUUCUCCAAACGUAGAGCAAAGGAGUUUGACACCCGCGGGUGCCCGGAGCGAGUAGGGAACAAAACAAACUGUCACUCUGCUCCACCACGCUCGACUGGCUUAAUCAUCCUCACACAAGUCGACCUUUUCGUCCUGACUGAGGGAGGAUUUAAUUUUCUUGUGUGGUUGGUGCAUCAAGCUCAUUAAUAAAAAGCCGAAUUCUCCUCUGGGAAAUUUGGAGCGUUACGUCACAAGCGACCGUAAAUUGUCACGCUACUUUAGCUUGUAGCUAGCCUGAAUUGGAUCCAAUCUGCAGAAUGUUGCCACGGUUCUGAAGGGUUGGUUCGUUUCGUCACACAUUAGAUGUUACGGUUAAUCCAGUGAGUUGACUGAGUAGAGAAUGUGAAGCGCAAUCAUGGCCAAUUUGGAAGCUUACCGGGAGUACCAGAGGAUUGAGGACCUGGAGGAGGACUCUCCACCAGGAGAGGAGGAUUUGCUACUCCAUGUGCCCGAAGGCCUGAAAGAUUCAUGGCAUCACAUCAAGAACUUGGAUAACUUCUUCACUAGAAUCUAUCAUUUUCAUCAAAAAAAUGGCUUCGCCUGUAUGAUGCUUUCGGAGUUCUUUGAGCUUGUUCAAUUUUUGUUUGUCGUCACUUUCACGACGUUCUUGGUCAACUGCGUGGAGUAUGAUGUCCUGUUUGCUAACCGAGCUGUCAAUCACACGGGUCACAACCCGUUGGACCGGAGCAAGGUCACCAUCCCCGAUGCACUUUUGCCCAGCCAGCAGUGCACUCAAAGCAUUCAAGAAAACAGAUGGAUCAUAUUCCUUCUAAUUAUGGCGACCGUCUUCUGGAUCUAUCGACUUAUCAAAGUCAUUUGCAACGUUCUGAGCUACUGGGAGAUUCGUCAGUUCUACAUUAAAGCACUGAAGAUCAGAAUGGAUGAACUAUGCAACUUCACAUGGCAGGAAGUCCAGGAUCGUCUCAUCAGCCUGCAGCGAGAGCAGCAAAUGUGCGUCCACAAGAAAGAACUGACAGAAUUGGACAUCUAUCAUCGCAUCUUGCGCUUCAAAAAUUACAUGGUUGCCAUGAUCAACAAAUCUCUGCUUCCCGUGCGGCUGCAGCUCCCCCUGUUGGGCGAUGUAAUCUUUCUCACACAGGGCUUGAAGUACAACUUUGAACUCAUCCUCUUCUGGGGCCCUGGCUCUCUGUUCCAGAACAAAUGGAACCUGCACCCCAAGUACAAGCGCAGCAGCAAUCGGCUGGAGCUGGCACAGCAGCUCAGCAGGGUCAUCCUGCUCAUGGGUGUGGCCAAUCUGCUGCUAUGUCCCUUCAUUCUGGUGUGGCAGGUGCUCUACGCAUUCUUCAGCUACACCGAAAUCAUUCGGCGCGAGCCCGGGAGUCUGGGCGCGCGCCGCUGGUCCCUUUACGGUCGACUGUACUUGCGCCACUUCAACGAGCUGAACCACGAGCUGCAUGGACGCUUGGGUCGAGGCUACAAGCCCACGUCCAAAUACAUGAAUUCCUUCACGUCGCCGCUGCUCACCGUGCUGGCUAAAAACGUCGCCUUCUUCUCGGGCUCCGUGUUGGCCGUGCUUAUUGCGCUCACUGUCUACGACGAAGACGUCUUGACUGUGCAGCACAUUUUGACUGGCAUCACUGUGCUAGGGGUGGUUAUCACUAUCACCAGGUCCUUCAUCCCAGACGAGCAUAUGGUUUGGUGCCCAGAACAGCUGCUGCAGUGCAUGCUGGCCCACAUCCACUACAUGCCGGACCACUGGAGGGGCAACGCUAACAAGAGCGAAACCCGUGACGAGGUGGCACAGCUGUUUCAGUACAAAGCGGUGUUCAUCCUGGAGGAGCUGCUCAGUCCCAUCGUCACACCCUUUAUCCUCAUCUUCCUGCUAAGGAGCAAGUCUCUGGAGAUUGUCGAUUUCUUCCGGAAUUUCACAGUGGAGGUCGUCGGUGUGGGAGAUAUAUGCUCCUUUGCGCAGAUGGACAUCAGACGCCACGGGAACCCAACUUGGCUGUCUGAGGGCCAGACGGAGGCAUCUGUGUACCAGCAGGCCGAAAAUGGCAAGACGGAGUUGUCACUCAUGCAUUUCACCAUUAAGAACCCACACUGGCAGCCACCAUUGGAAAGCUCUGUGUUCAUCAGUCAUCUCAAGGAGAAGGUACACCACGAUGCGCAAAGUGGUCCGUCUCCGCAGCUCUUGCUCUCUGAGGCGCCGCUAUGCACAUCACUGCAGUCCAAUGAGUCCGGUACUGGGCCUGAUAAUCUGCUUGCCAGCGUCUUGGCACACCCCGUUCUCACUGCGUCAGGACUACAAGGCAGAGAUCACCGCUUCAUCCCACCGAGCACGGCAGCGUCAGCGGCCGCCAGUGUCCUUGCCUCUUUGUCUACUUCUCAGCUGCCGCACACAGGCCGGGGCCGCUCGCAACGCCACCAAGGGUCCUUCUUACAUCCAGACAGUACUAUGUACCACAGUGAUCGAACUGUCAUAGACAGUAUGUCAUUCAGCGACAGCCAUUUACGGAGCAAUACGCUCCACUCGGAGUUUGCCUCAGCAGAGAUGAGCCUUCACGCCAUUUACAUGCAUGAGCUCCACCAGCAGACGUCACACCCUCAGAGAAAUUCAGGGCAAUGGCAUAGCUCGGUGCCAAUGACAGAGCUCCACAGUCACACUGGUAACCCUGCCCAUGUUAGUUCAACGCCGUCUUUGGUCACACCAGUGCACCUUGGUGGGUGGCAAGAAGAAGAGGAAGAAGAUGAAGGUGAAGAGGAGAUAAACAGUGGCUCCACUCAGAAACAAGACACCAGGACUUGAAGUGCCUUACGACAUAAGUGUUUACAUUUUACUUUUCUCAAUGAACACUGUGGCCUUAGAAAAUUUUCAGCACGGACCUUUAAAUCCUUCCUUUUGUCACGAGGACUUCUCAUGAAGAAACCACUAUCUUCUUCUGCACAGCCAUCAGGGAAGCGUUCGUAUUUUUAUUUUAUCAAGAUGAAGUGUGUGCGUGUAUGCGGGCAGACAGCAUGGUGUAUUUAUAAAACCACUGAUGGAAAAAAAACGCCAAAAGCUCUAUAUGCACAAUUCAAGUGUUGGUAGUGCACAUCACAAGCAUCCAUUAAGUUGUUACGCUGCAUUAUUUCCGCUUGGGUGUAUCAUAGUGAUGUGUAAAUACUUGAAGAGUCCACAUUGUUUCUACACGAACAGUGCAGUACUCAUACUGCUAGAAGAGUAUGUGGCUGAAGGACUUGAUCAGUGACUUCACAGUUUUGUUUCUCACUCAUAGAUUUGGUUCAGUAUUAUCAAGUCUUUUACUUAGUAAUAUUUGGAUGGUUACUGGGGAGCUGGAGCUUAUCCUUGGUGACUUUCGGGCCUGAAGCAAAACAUGAAAAGGACAUGCAAAUUGCCCACACAGGAAGGCCGGGAUUUCACCCAUGAAUCCCAAAACUGUGAGGCAGGUGUGCUUUACAUUUCAACUUUAUUGAAGAAGUUUUUUGUAAAAUUAUUUUUACACGACUUUAGUCUUUUGGUUUUUUUUCAGUGAACCUCAUGAAGCAUGCGUGUUAAUUAGAAUAGACAUAUUCCCUCUGAAUGAACAAUUUCUCCCCUGAAAUUUCUUGGUUCACUUGGACCCGACAAAUCCUUUAACCUGCUAUUUUUUUUUUUUACUUCUGAUAUGUAUGUUAAAGAUAAGUAUUUUAAAAAGAUGUUUAAUUUAUCUUUCUCGUGACUAAAGACUAACCAGGCCUACAAAAUUGAGUGCCUAUAAAGAUAGGACUAAAUGACAUUAUGUUAGAGUAGUUCAAUAUCAGCACACACAUAAACUUGACUUAUUUAAACCACAUACUAUAUUGUAUUAAGGCUUUGAAUAAUUUUCAACAUCCUGAAUGCUAAAAAUUUCGGCCUCCUUAUUUAUCUCUCUGUGGAAGAACAAAUGCUUCAUGAUGCUAACAUAAUCUCAGUAUUUUGCACUUCUUUAAAAGCAUAAUUGUACAUAGACAUAUGCACAGCUCAUACAACAGCUCAGAAAGGGAUCUGAGCCACCACCUCUAUAUGUUUGUAUAUAAAGACUCAUUUUAUAUCGGCCAUAUUGAUGAGGUAGCCGUUUGCUUACAUGUUUGUUUUAGGUUUAGUUUUUUUUUGGGUGGUUGUGUACAUGUUGCCUCUUACAAUUCGUAAAAGACACUGGAGUUCAAUGUUGUUAUUUUUUUUAAUAGCAGUGACACCUCACUGCUGGUGUUGUCCUUUUAAUUUGAAGCAGUGCCUUAGCAUUAAGGAGUCAUUUUAUCUCAAGUCAUAUAGGAUUUACAUUAUUACAGUAAAUAUUCUGUAGUAAUGUGCUCUUAUUAGGUCACUGUGUUUAGUAAUCAGGUGAAAUACUGAAUUUACUUAAAUAGUGGCUCCAAUAAGUCAAAUAAUUGCCUUCCUCAAAUUAGUUUUCAGGUAUGGUAUCUAUCUGCUUCAGACAAACACUAACUAACACAUCCGUAAAAUAUAUGCAUUUGCCCAUUUAAUGCAAAUAAACUCCUCUCUGACCUCACAGAGAGCAAGAACCAAUUAGUUAGUGGUUUGUCAUCCACUUAAGACGAUAAACCCUUUCCUCAAAUAAACGUCCUGCCCCAAUUAGUUGGCAGGUUCAUCAUCCACUUGUGCAAAUGUAAGCUGUUUGUUUGUCUAAAUACGAUGGACUUAAAUAAAUGCGGCUAGUAAGAAGACUGGCAAAGAAACUGACGACAUACACGUUUUAUCCCCCCCCCCCCCCCCCACAUAAAUCUGUCUGAAUUUGUACUGUCUUGUCAUUUACUGGCAUCAUCAGCUUUACAAUAGAUAACCUCACAAAGACACGCCAGUCCAGUGACACAAUGAUCAUUAUAAGGUGCUAUAUGUUUUCAUGCUGAAAUACUACAUGGGUUUUACAGCACGCUCUGUGUGUUAAACACUAGCUGAUUAAUGCAACUUGCCAAAAGAAUUUUUUCAACACUGUGUCACAAUAUUCGUUAGUUUAUGUUUAACAGAUGCAUCUUAAUUGAGCUUUAUUUUUUUGUGUGUGGUUAUUGAUGCUGUGAUGUCUAUUUGAAAUAAAACAUAUUUCAAAAAUUUGUGAU